GGACAAGCUCACCGCGCUUGUGGCGGUGUGGGAGGCGCGUACGCCGCUCUACUAGGACACCUUCAGACUCCCUGGGUUUCCUAUCAGCAUCUAUUUACUUCAUUCCUACUAGAGCGACCACGAGCUAUGGCCAAGAAGGGUGCAGCAGCAGAGAAGAAACCGGCGGACAACAAGAAGGGCAGUAAAGGCGCAUCGAAGGGCUCGGAGGAUGCAGACGACAAGGGCAAGGGAAAGGGCGGCUUGAAGCCCGCGACCGCCGUCAACGUGCGGCACAUCCUCUGCGAGAAGCACUCCAAAGCGUCGGAGGCACUGCAGAAGAUCCAGGAGGGCCAGCGAUUCGACAAGGUCGCGCAAGAAUACUCCGAGGACAAGGCGAAAGCUGGUGGCAGUCUCGGCUGGAUGACGAGGGGAUCCAUGGUGGGCUCGUUCCAGGACGCGGCCUUCGCAUUGCAGCCGUCCACGGUCGACAAACCGCUCCUCUCGCCGCUCGUGAAGACGAACUUCGGUUACCACAUCAUCAUGGUGGAGGGGCGCCGAUAGCGUUCAGCCGCAUCCCCCGGAAAUCCCGCAAUGAAGCCUUCGGAGUCGACAACAACGGAACAUGUAUUAUGUACUAUCUCGCCAUGUAGAAUACGAACACAACAGUGCAGAACAAGGGGGUGCAUAUACGCUACCAG